CGGAAGUCAUCUGAUCUGAGCUCAGUGCAGGAGGAAGCGGCUGAGGGAGCUGACAUGUAUUAACGCCCUGUCUGUAUCUGCACCACACGGCCUGAGCCAUUCCAGAGAGAGGGGAGGAAGAGUCUCAUCACUGCAAUUUUCCUAAUGAGACUAACAUAGUUGCCUGGUUAGACUCCAGCAAACCAUAUCCAUAAGUGGAUUGUUGUCAAUUCACACACCGCCUCAGGGGAGGGGAAGAUAUGGCCAUCCUGUUCGCUGUUGUUGCGAGGGGAACCACCAUAUUGGCGAAACAUGCCUGGUGCGGAGGAAACUUCCUGGAGGUGACGGAGCAAAUCCUGGCCAAGAUCCCAUCGGAGAAUAACAAGUUGACCUACUCUCAUGGCAGUUACCUAUUCCAUUACAUCUGUCAGGAUAGAAUUAUCUACCUUUGCAUCACAGAUGACGAUUUUGAGCGCUCCCGGGCCUUUAAUUUCUUAAAUGAAGUAAAGAAGAGGUUUCAGACAACGUAUGGAUCCAGGGCACAGACCGCGCUCCCCUACGCCAUGAACAGCGAAUUCUCUAGCGUCCUGGCAGCGCAGCUGAAACAUCAUUCAGAAACCAAGACUGUAGACCGUGUAGUGGAGACACAAGCCCAGGUGGAUGAGCUGAAAGGAAUUAUGGUCCGGAAUAUAGAUCUUGUAGCCCAAAGAGGAGAGCGGUUAGAAUUGUUAAUAGAUAAGACAGAGAACCUGGUGGACUCGUCCGUCACCUUCAAGACUACAAGCAGAAACCUCGCCAGGGCUAUGUGCAUGAAGAACCUGAAGCUGACCAUCAUUAUUGUUAUUGUAACUAUAGUCAUCAUCUAUAUCAUCGUGUCGGUAGCAUGCGGAGGGCUGACAUGGCAAAGCUGUGUGAACAAGUAACCCCUUCUCCUCUGAUGCAUGAAGACCAUCAACAGGAACCAGAACAUAACGUACUACCUGUUCACACACACGUAGCGUCCCGCAGAAAAGAGACUUGACAGCAAAGCCUUUUCCUUCCCUCCUCCCCCCGACGCCGCGGUGUCUGAAGUUCUCUCCAUCCCUCCAUCCUGACCGGACAAUGUAUCUUUAUGCCUUAUACCUCCCUCACCCCAGGAGCCGUCCUCUACAGCCAGGCAUCUACUGGAGAUGAAGGACCGUAACGGGAGAGACGUCGUCUACGCCAUUACAUCAUUUCUUCAUUUACGUACAUUUGUUUUCUUUCUUUAUAUAAUAUAUGUGUAUGUUGGACUGGUUCAUGUUUUAACCUAUGGGGGGAAUCCAAUUUUGUUUUUUAACUUUUUUUUUUUUGGCCCAGUUGCACCUACACGGCCAUCCAUAGGCUUGUCUUCCACACAAUUUAUAGGACAUUUGGUUGCCCAUGCGGCAUUUUCACUAUUGGGAAGUGUAGGUAGGUAGUAUUUCCAUGAGGUUACGUCGCUAUUCUAAAUAUGUCUUGGGUGAUCACCAAUGGAGUAUCUGUCAUUUGUAUACAGAUUUCUCAUUCAGGAUUCCAUUAAAGGGGUUAUCCAGGAUAGCACAAAACAAAGCUGCUUUUAUCCAGAAACAACGCCACCCUUGUCAUCAGGUUGUGUGUGGUAUUACAACUUGGCUCCAUUCACUUCAGUGGAAGUGAGCUGCAAUACCACACUCAACCUCAGGACAGGUGUGGCGCUGUUUUUCUAAUGCUGGAUAACACCUUUUAAAGAGGUUAUCCAGGAUUAGAAAAAAACAGCUGCUUUCUUUCAAAAACGUCACAACAAUUUAGGGUACCCCUUUGGGGGGGGGGGGGUUUCUCCUUAACAAAGAACCCUCCCAAUAAAAUUUAACUUUUAUUAUAUACUUAAAAAAUAUAUGUGAAAAAUCUAAUUACUUGUAAUACAAAAUAACACCACUAGGUGUCAAUA